AUCGAUGAAAUUAAGAAUUAUACAGCUUUGAAAUUGUUAUCUUAGAUGUACACGACCGAGGAAUUAAGACGUGGAUAUUGAUGCGGAGAACUGAGGUUGAAAAUCACGUAUAUUAGCAACAACUCCAACACUGGAUUUCUUAAUGCAGAUACAAUAACGAUGGGAUACAGGUCGGUAUUACAGUCUUUUAUCGGGCGAUUGCUAAGAGUAAAGACAGUCGAUGUUUCAGGACAGAACGAAAACCAAGACGUCCCAGGCAAACUUUCCAGAUGCCUGUCGACUCUGGAUUUGGUUUCUUUGGGUGUCGGGAGUUGCAUGGGUACUGGGAUGUAUGUUGUGUCUGGUUUAGUGGCGAGAGAAAUGGCUGGACCUGGAGUUAUCAUCUCAUUUAUGAUUGCAGCAAUAGCAUCUAUUUUAUCAGGAGUUUGCUAUGCUGAAUUUGGAGUUAGAGUACCGAAAACAACUGGUUCAGCCUACAUGUACAGUUAUGUCACCGUAGGAGAGUUCUGUGCCUUUGUAAUUGGUUGGAAUUUAAUUUUGGAAUAUCUUAUUGGAACGGCAGCCGGAGCUAGUGCAUUAAGUAGCUGUUUUGAUUCUCUGUUCCAGCAUACAUAUAGUAACUUUAUGAUGGAUAAUGUUGGAGGCUUUGGAAUACACAACAAAACAUAUCCUGACAUCCUGGCCAUGAUCAUCGCUAUUGUCAUGACCUUAAUCAUUGCGGCUGGCGUACAGAAGUCUAUAUUAUUCAACAAUGUACUCAAUAUCAUCAACGUAGCUGCCUGGGUUUUCUUCAUCGUAGCAGGCUUGUUUUUUGCUAAUGGUGAAAAUUGGAGAGAGAAUGGAUUUUUCCCCUAUGGAUUCUCAGGGGUUUUAACUGGUGCUGCAACAUGUUUCUAUGCCUUCAUCGGUUUUGACAUCAUAGCAACGACUGGAGAAGAGGCUAAGGACCCAAGUCGAUCUAUUCCAAUUGCUAUAAUUGUCUCCCUAGUAAUUUGUCUUAUUGGAUAUGUAACAGUAAGUAUGGUAUUAACGUUGGCUGUACCAUAUUAUAGAAUUAAUCCUGAAUCACCGCUGAUGGAUAUGUUUGUUAUGAACCACGCUGUUGAUGGCAAAUACCUGGUAGCUAUUGGUGCUGUCGCCGGUCUAACGGUCAGUCUUUUGGGCUCGAUAUUCCCUAUGCCUCGAGUCAUCUAUGCUAUGUCAAUGGAUGGUUUACUGUUUAGAUUCCUUUCGAACAUCAACAUAAGGACGCAGACCCCAGCAGUUGCUACAGUAAUAUCCGGAUUCCUUGCCGCACUUAUGGCAUUACUUGUAAACUUGGGAGACUUGAUAGAAAUGAUGUCAAUUGGUACCCUUUUGGCUUAUACUUUGGUUUCCAUGAGCGUCCUCAUCCUACGUUACCAACCCUAUAUUGAUAUCAAAAUGUCAGUCAAUACAACAUUUGAAUACGAGACAUUCGAUAAUGAUGAAAUUGAGCAAGCAAAAGCUGAAGUAAAUACUGGAAGAUAUCACAAAGAUACAACUGUAAACGAAGAUGGAAGCGUUUCUUUACUUUCAAGUAAAGAUACAUUAGCCACUGACAGCUCAAAAGGGAAGCAAUCUUAUGGGGCGGUUGACAAAGAAGAAGACCAGAAUGAUGACUUCAAAUCAUAUUCCAAUACAGACUUGAAUUUAUCCAAGUUAAGAGAAAGAAUGUACAAUAUUUACACGGAAAUUCGGCGAAUUUUAGGAUUCUCAAGUGAAAAUAAACUCCCAACCGCGGUAUCAGGUCGUACCGUGACGUACUCAACUUUGUGUCUUUUUUCUCUAAUAUUCAUUUUAUGUUCACUCGCCAUCUACGGCCAGAGAGAUAGAUCACGGUGGUGGGUGAAGAUUCUUAUCGUGAUUUUUAUAUCACUUAUUUCUAUAUGCAUAUUGAAUAUAGUUCGCCAGCCACAGAAUCCAGACAAAUUAAAAUUCAUGGCACCAGCCGUACCUUUACUACCCAUAGCUGCGAUGUUCAUAAACAUAUAUUUGAUGUUAAAUCUGUCGACACUCACAUGGAUCAGAUUUGGUAUAUGGAUGGCGAUUGGUUUGAUUAUAUACUUUGGAUAUGGCAUCCGAAAUAGUAAUAUAGAACCAAGAUGCGUCGAUAUUACUACACGGUCGAAAGACGGUAAGGAGGCCAUUGUGAUGGGCACCAAAACACCAGAGGUAGCGACAUCAGCUUCUGUUAUUCCAGCACACGCUAGAAAAAUGGCAGAUAGUUCAUAUAGCGAGCCUUCAUCUAUGUCAUCAGACGGGGAGCCAUAAUGCUGGAUGUGUUAUAUUUUUGGUGGAUUUCACUGAUAGUUCGUAUAGCAAGUUCUCAUUAUUGCCCGAUCGUCAGCGGCAGAUAACCUGCAUAGGCCUAUAUGUUUAGUAUUAGUCACGAGAGAAACCACCUUCACAAAAAGAACGGUACAUAUGUUAAAGAUUGGACAACGAUUUAAUUACAAACACCCUGGAUAUUUGGUGGAGAGACAACAUUAAUAAUAAUGAUCUUCCUUCCAAAAAUUGCUACGAGAAAGUCCUCCAAAACAUCCAGUCCAGUAGGCAUACGUUAUAUGAAGUUAAAAAAAUGACUUGCCAACUCGUGAAAAUAGUGUGUAUUGAAUUCUAGAAAUAGUUUCGUAUGGUGUGCAUAUUGGUUAAUGUUCUCCUGUGUUACAGUAAUUAAACGUUAAACUCGUUGAUAUGGUUGACUAGAAUAUACAUUAUAGUACGUAUUAUUGAUUACGACCGUACUAUAGGCCUAAUGGAUAUUAUUGUGAAGUUAAUUGAAACACAAUCGAAUUGUAUACGUACGUUCACCAGUGAUACGUUUAACGUUUCCAACUACAUGGUCUGUAGCCAUCGUCAACAAAUGUAUAUUUAUGAACUCGGCGAAUAAGAUCUUGUUGACAUUGGUGUUAUAUUAGGAUUUUUGUAAUAAUGAAAUGAGAUAUAAGAUAUAUAGUACUCUUGGUCAAAUUGACGUUAGAAAAUCCCUGUUAAGAUGGAAAUAAUAACACUAUUAAGUGUCAAUUUCACAUCAUGUUUUUGUUUAAAGUGCAAUAAAUAUUUACUAUUAGGUUGUGUAAAUAGUUAAUCCAUUGUAUAGGUGUAUUAUAGAGUAGUGUAUAUAUAGCGAUAAUGUUUACAUGUAGGCCUACCCAAUGUCCGGUGUGUUAUUGAGUAGCCUAUAAUCUUAAAAACCCAAUUUCCUUUCUUAAUACAGUAUAUACUGUAUAACACAAACCAAAAGAAAAACAAACAAAACUGCAAAACAAAAAAAUAAACAAUUGAACUACCAAUUGUGAUGAAUGUUGUGUGAUGGUACAUUGAAUGGUUACGGUAUCUUAUGAACUGUCUAUAUAACAACUAUAACUAUUCAUUUAAAUGGAACUCAUGAAAUAAAUAGUCAAAUGCAAACUAAGUAGAUAAUAUUAAUUACAACAUUUACUCUAUAAAAAAAAUUAAGCAGUUUAGGAUACUGUUUGUGCUGAGUAAAAAACUCUGUAUGUUCAAUAUUUGAAUAAUACUUUACUAUGUAUUUAAUUAAGUAAUUUCUUUUAUUUUAAAAUUAUAUCUAGAAAAUAUUUUUUUCAUAAUUAAAACAGUAAUAACUUUGCAAAAUUGUUUUGUACAGGCCUAGGUCCUUAUAGUUGGCAAUAAAUUUAGAGAUUUUCCUAACUGUGGGAAAUUUCUGUUGAAAAUGUCAUCGUGUUGGUAAUAAUGUGAGCUUUAGUAAUACAGCUUUUAUUUACUUGGAGCCAAUUCGACCCAUAUUAUAAUAUAGUAACGUACAGUAAUCUACAGAAAAUCGACUUUUAUUUAAUUUGCAAAUUUUCGGUCUAAUCUAGACCCUCUUAUUUUUAUUUGAUUUUUAUGUUAUUCAUUUCACUAAACAACAAUAUAAAAGAAAUAAUAUCAAAAUUAAGUACAGUUUCUUGCUAAUUAAAUAAAAGUAAGUCGAUUUAGAUUAUGUUACUUUAUGAGUCAACAUGGCUCCAAAUAAAACCUACUAUAGUUUUGAUUAUGUCAAUAACAUAAUUAAGGGCUUUUUUCUUUACCAGACUGAGUUUCUUUUACAUAAUACACUAUAUAGAUUUACCAUGUAUUUAGAACGUUGCCUCAGGAAUAAAACUAAAUAAAGUA